CUGAUAACAUUCAUUCAUAAAUGAAAAUACGAAUAUGUCAAGUUUUAGCAUAAAAACAGCUAUAUCUACACCUCAAGCAUGGCUUAGUCUAAUAACAUUUAUUGUUUUAUUGCUUGCCUGUGUUGUAGGCUUUAGCGCUAGGCUUUUUGCGGUCAUUCGUUUUGAAAGUAUUAUUCAUGAAUUUGAUCCAUGGUUUAAUUAUCGUGCUACACAUUAUAUGGUGGAAAAUGGAUUUUAUAAUUUUUUAAAUUGGUUUGAUGAAAGAGCUUGGUAUCCAUUGGGCCGAAUUGUUGGAGGCACUGUAUAUCCUGGGUUGAUGAUAACAUCUGGAGCUAUCCAUUCCAUAUUACACUCACUUCACAUACCAGUACAUAUUCAAGAGAUAUGUGUAUUCUUAGCCCCUGUUUUUAGUGGGUUCACAGCAAUAGCUACUUAUUUACUUACAAAAGAAUUAUGGGACUCUGGUGCUGGCUUGUUAGCAGCAUGUUUUAUAGCAAUAGUUCCUGGUUAUAUUAGUAGAUCUGUUGCUGGAAGUUAUGAUAAUGAAGGAAUAGCAAUAUUUGCUCUAAUGUUUACUUAUUACUUGUGGAUCAAAUCUGUGAAAUCUGGCUCUGUUUUUUGGUCUGUUCUAACAGCUUUGUCCUAUUUUUAUAUGGUGUCAGCAUGGGGUGGUUAUGUUUAUAUAAUCAAUCUUAUACCCCUACAUAUUUUUGUACUUUUGAUUAUGGGAAGAUAUAGUCCAAAAUUAUACAUAUCGUAUACAACAUUUUACAUUAUGGGUUUGAUAUUGUCAAUGCAAAUUCCAUUUGUAGGAUUUCAGCCUUUAAGGACAAGUGAACAUAUGGCUGCUGCUGGCGUUUUCUUUUUACUCAACAUCUACAAUUUCGUUAAAUAUCUUCGAAAUUUUAUUCCCAAAAAUCUUUUCCGGAAACUAUUCACUACGUCGAUACUUAUAGGAGCCGCUUCCGUAUUUGCGAACGUUGUUCUCCUAACUUACUUUGGUUACAUCGCCCCCUGGAGCGGUCGAUUUUACUCUUUAUGGGACACGGGUUAUGCCAAGAUUCAUAUUCCCAUAAUUGUAUCCGUCUCCGAGCAUCAACCCACUACUUGGUGCAGUUUCUUCUUUGAUAACCACGUCUUGCUUUGCGCCUUCCCGGCCGGCCUUUGGUUCGUAUUCAAGAAACUAGACGAUACGCGCGUUUUUAUUAUCCUAUUCGCGAUGAGUGCCGUCUAUUUCGCUGGCGUCAUGGUUCGCCUAAUGCUGACUCUUACACCUGUAAUAUGUGUCUUGGCCAGCAUCUCCUUUUCCACCCUCUUCAAUUCCUACCUGAAAAAUGAUGAUGAUGCAAUAGAACAGAGCGAUAAGAGUACUAAUCACGUGUCAUCCAAGCAACCAAGUUCCAAACACGUUAAAAGAUCGGGCAGUAACGUGAGUAGCGAAAAUUCUUCCGGAGAGAUUGACAAGGGCAAGGAAGAAACAACCAAACGCAGCCUUUACGAUAAGGCUGGAAAAGUGCCUAAAUAUCUAUCUCCUACUUCAACCACUAACGCUAAUCUUGAUAAUGGUGUGGGAUCUAAUGUGAAAGGUUUGACCGUUUUGGUGUGUAUUUUGUUGCUCUUGAUGUUCGCAGUCCAUUGCACUUGGGUUACCUCAAAUGCUUACUCUAGUCCUAGUGUAGUUUUAUCCUCAUAUGAUAACGAGGGUAAUCGAUACAUUAUAGACGAUUUUAGGGAAGCCUAUUACUGGCUUCGACAAAACACUAGGGAUGAUGCUACUGUAAUGUCUUGGUGGGAUUACGGAUACCAGAUAGCUGGUAUGGGCAAUAAAACGACUUUCGUCGACAAUAAUACUUGGAACAAUAGUCAUAUAGCAUUGGUUGGCAAAGCCAUGUCCUCUAACGAAAGCGCCGCAUACACGAUAAUGCGUAACCUUGGGGUUGAUUACGUUUUAGUCAUUUUCGGGGGUGUGAUAGGAUUCUCGGGUGACGAUAUUAACAAGUUUUUAUGGAUGGUACGAAUAGCCGAAGGAGAGCAUCCAAACGAUAUUAGAGAACAAGAUUAUUUCACAUCGAACGGAGAAUUUAGGGUUGAUAAUGAGGGAUCACCAACGCUUUUGAAUUGUCUUAUGUAUAAAUUAUCAUACUACGAUUUUGGAAAGCUGAAAUUUGAUCAAAGAAUGCCAUUCGGGUACGAUAGGACAAGAGAUGUUGAAAUUGGAAAUAAGAAUUUCGAUUUAGAACACUUAGAAGAAGCCUACACCACGCAACAUUGGUUAGUUAGGAUAUUUAAAGUGAAGGAACCUUCCAACCGGAAGAAAAUUAAAAAUCCUAAACUCAAAAUGAGAUACACAAAAUACACCAGCAAAAAGAACUUGAAAAAUAAGAAAGGUCUCAUCAAAAACAAGUUAAAAAUUGAGAAAAUUAGAUUGUAAAAUUAGCGGACAAACGAAAAAAAAUGUACAUGAAGUUUUUUAAUUUGAUAUUAUGAUUUUUUUUUAUAAAUAUCAUAUUUAUUAAAUAUCUUGCAAUAUAAUUUUAUAUGUCAACCGGAGGAUCCUCAAUUAAUUUUAAAAUCCUAUAUUUUUGUUAUGAUUAUAUAAUAUUCGUUUUUUUGUAUAGGGGUAUAA